UUGGUCUCCAAAAGCAAAAAAAACAGGUGACGCAACACGGAAGUAUCGGCGAGAGUCUUCGGGCUGUGUUGUGUUUACCGAGGCUGUGUGUGUGAAGGCUCUUGGAGAAACAACAACGCGACAUGAAUGUGUUUUUUUCCGGUGUCCUGCUUCUCCUGUGUGCACGCCACACCGACAGCUGGGAUGACGGCAGCGUACUGCUGCGGGACAUCCAGGCACUGACUCUGUACAGGAACCGGUACACCACAGCCAGGCGCUCCAGCCCGAUCCCUCAGCUCAAGUGUGUUGGAGGGUCAGCGGGCUGCCACGCCUUUGUCCCAGAGGUGGUUCAGUGUGUGAAUAAAGGCUGGAAUGGAUUCGAUGUGCAGUGGGAGUGUAGGACUGACAUGGACAACACAUAUCGAUUUGGUCACAUUGAGGUGAGCUGUGAGGGCUACAGCCACCCUGCUGAUGCCUACAUACUGAAAGGGUCUUGUGGGCUGGAGUACACACUGGAACUGACUGAAGAGGGCCAGAGGAGGGCUCACAGUAGCAGGGGUUCCCGUGGUGGGUUUAAAGAUCUCUGGGGAUUUGCCUCCAGUUUCUUUAGUGGUUCAUCAGAAUACGGGCAGCAGCAUGACCGUCAGAGCUCCUACCCUGCGGGCACUCAGGACUCAGGAGGCCUGCUGGUUGUUGCUGUGCUUCUGCUCUUAGCCUAUGGCUUCCAUAAACUGUUCCUAAGUGGGAACAACACUGGGGGGCAAGAUGAUGGACCAGCUACACAUUCUGGACAUAAUUACCAUGGCUCCAUGGGUGGACCACCCCCACCAGGAUUCAAACCAGACUACACAGACUACCCUGGAGCCAACCCCAGUUAUGGUUUCCACAGUGAUUACACUCACAGACACCAGUACCCAGGAGGCCGGGCAGCUUCCGGCACAGGAGGGGGCUUCUGGACUGGAAUGGGAACAGGCGGGGUGCUUGGAUAUCUUUUUGGUCGUCAGAGAAGCCAGCCCUACAGUUCUAACUACCCCACUCACACUAACAGACCUGCCAGAGAACCUCCCUCUUCCGGGACACGCGUUACUUCAGGUUUUGGAGGAACCAAAAGAAGAUAGAAGCCCCCCCCCCAACUUGGACACAUUUUCUGCAGUGGACAGAAUAUGACUAAGUGCAUUGAUCUGUUUGCUGCUCGCAGGCUGUAAUCCUUUCUUCAAGCAGAGACGUCCAAACAGAACUUUACUGCUCGGUUAUGUGUUUCUUGGAGAGCUUGCUGUGGUUCAUUAGUUUCUGUCAGCGUGUGGUUUGGGUUUUAGUCUAAAAGUUUUACCGUCGAGCAUAAGAAGCUGGCAUUGCUUUAUUAAAAGGAUAAUAAUGUUUCAUUGAUAAUUAUUGGAUUUGUUAUUUUUUAUUUUUUUUUGCAGGCAAGGUAAAUAUUUGAAUUCUUUAACUGCAACCUUCGGCUCAAAUGUCUGUUACGGUGUUCCUCUGCUGAUGCACCUUUUCAUUUCCAAUAAAUGAAAUAUAAGAAUUGACAAAAUGGUUAAUAAAAUGGUGUGUACUGCUGCUCUCUGGCUUUGUGCACCAGCUAAGAAAAAUCCUUAGUCUUUAGAAAAUCCACCUUUCAAUCAUCUGUGCAUACUCAUCACUGGAUGAGUUUGCACUACAGCACAAACUGAUUUUAAAUCCUCAGAUUUCAGUAGGGCUGUGCGAUAUGACCAAAAUCUCACAUCCCGAUAUAAAACAUUUCUUAUCCUGAUAACGAUAUAUAUCACAAAAUAGUGUUUUUUCUGUAAAUUCUGUGAAUCUCAGGCAACUCGACUUGUUUUCAGCUUGGCCUCGUGGCAUGACUGAUGCAUGAAACUGUAUAUUAAGUUGUAACGGCCGUCAUUUUCUUUGUAACUAUUUAUUACAUGGCAUGUUGCAGGGAAAAACCUGGUGGCUCUUUUUUGCUUCUCAUCCAUAAACUCUCUCCAUACUCUUUCACGUGAUUCUUGCGUAGGUGGUGGAAGAGGUUUGUCGUGUUUGAGUCUGUGGUGGGGACCGGUUUACAGCAUAAUUUGCAUAGUACAGUUUUCUGGUCCGUGUCAGACUUUUGCAUAACCAAACCAUGUCCAUGCUACAGAGGUAGCCCCUCGUUAAGGAAUAAGGCCCUCGAUUGGUUUUGACUGGUCCUUCUGUUUGGAGCUGCCUGGUUCUGUCUCAUCUUCACUGGCUAUGCUGGUAUUCUCUGUGCCUGCAUCCACUUGGUGACUGUACGCGCCAUUUAUUGUUACUUCAUGUUUUUAUUUGAGGUAAUUUGUUUGAUGCAUAUUCUGAAAUUUGAUGUUUGAUAAGGAAUUCCUUGUCAUCCCCCCAGCCGCUGUUUGUGAGGCCCUGGUUGAGGCCUUUAUAACAAAAACAAAACAGCUGUCAAUAUUUAAGAAAUGUUUUCUGAUCUCACUCAACAUCACACACCAACAGAAGAAAACUGAUUUCUACAAUCCUCAUUUUAAUUGCAUAUUUAAAAUAUCAAAACAAAGUGUGCACACUUCUCAUACCUACCCUCCGCUUUCCAGAAUGUAUGAGACGUACAUGCACAGAUGGGCCCACACUAAAUACAAAUAAAUAUAGUGCAGGACAGUGGUGUGCACCCUUGCGCCUGUACUAUGUGGAAAAAAGGUUAAACAUUGUCUUGUGAUGGAUCACUUUUAUUCAGAGUAGUGAAUAAUUAUUUCGACUCUUUACAUAAGUUAUAAUCCUACAAAACAGCCUUACAAUAAUUUCAUAUGAAAAUAUAUUAAAAGUAGCAAGUAAAGUAAAACACUCUUUAACAUUAUGUUGCUUUUCAAUAUAUUAUUCAACGAUAAAUGCUGAUUGGCUAAUGUACUUUAAUGUUGGAUAUCACACACAGUACAGCCAUAUUAAUAUGACAGCGUGGGUCACAAUGAUGCAAACGAGCUCCAACAUUUAAUGUUACACUGAUGCCCUGACACAACAAACAGUAGAUGAAAAGCAUCAGACACAAAGUCUUUUACAAUUGUGUCAGCCUCUCACAUAUGUUCUCAGGCUGAUCUGCUUUCUUGUAACAUGUGAAGUAAAGAUGGUUGCAUUUAACAGACUUACAUUUGUUUAUAUCAGCUAGCUACUGACGGGACUAAAACAAAAAAUUAGACACUUUUGUUAUGCCCCUGACUGCAACAAUGAGUUUUAUGUUAAGAAACUAAGGAUAUACUGUUUACUGUCUGUCUGUCUGUCUGUCUGUUCACUGUCUCUCUCUUUGGUAGUUGGUGGUUCAUUACAUUAAAUAUUAGGGGUGCAACGAUGCACAAAAUUCACGGUUCGGUUCGGUUCGGUUCGAUACUUUCAUGUCAUGGUUCGACAUUUUUUUCGAUACAAAAAAAAUGUUCAUGCCUUUUUAAUUUGUCAUUUAUUAAAAUUAUAAAGAUCAA